UUGGAUCUCCCAUUCUCUAGCCCCAACUUCAAAGGACUGUUAGGCUGCAAGAAGGACGCGGGAGGGGGGGGAUCUACAGGAGCUGGCCGGGAGAAAGAGAGAGAGAGAGAUCCUUUGAAGUGCCCAUCAGCCGCGGCCGCCACUCGGGUUACAGCUGCUUGGCCCGGGGCCCGGUGGGACGGGCGAGGAAGGGAACUUUGAUCUUGGUUACUUCCGCACAGCGCCCUCUAGGCCCGGGCCGGUCCAACGCUUCCCUGCAGCUACGCGGCGCCUCUGGCUCCAACAUCUCCCCCAGUCGUUCGAACCCAGGUCCAGCUUGGGCAUCAUCCUCCCCUUUUCUCUUCUUCUAGGAUCCCUGACCCCGCCAUGGUGCCCUGGGCAACGCUGCUCCUUCUGGGGCUGCUGUUCUGCUGCUGUUUGGGUCACAGCAGCCAGACGGGAGCGCCCCGGGUCUAUCUCACCUACAAAGAGUUGUUAGAGACCCGCACGGCUCGUCCUUUCAGCUUCAACUUCAACACAAGUGAUUAUCGCAUCUUGUUGGUGGACCAAGACCAGGGACGUCUCUACCUGGGGGCACGAGAUUUUCUGGUGGCCUUGGAUCUUCACAACAUCAACAAGGAGCCACUCAUUAUCCAUUGGCCAGCAUUACCAAACCAGGAGAAUGAAUGUCGCUUGGCAGGGAAAGGGCAGAGAGGUGAAUGUUUCAACUACAUACGGCUUAUGGAACCUUUGAACCGUACUCACCUCUAUGCCUGCGGAACGGGGGCUUAUCACCCAGUCUGUAUCCUUAUCAAUCGUGGCUGGCGCUCGGAAGAAUACCUCUUCCGCAUAGUGCCUCAUUCACUGGAACCAGGCAAAGGAAAAUGUCCUUAUGACCCCCGGCAGUCCAGCAUGGCUGUGCUUAUCAAUAACACGCUGUAUGCUGGAGUUCACGUGGAUUUCAUGGGCACCGAUGCUGCCUUGUUCCGGACCAUGGGACCCCGCCCAGCUGUACGCACAGAGCAGCAUGAUUCCCGAUGGCUGUACGACCCUGUUUUCCUCCAAGCCCACCUCAUUCCGGACAGCUCCGACCACAAUGACGACAAGCUCUACUUCUUUUUCCGUGAAAAAGCACUGGAGGGUGCCGUGGGCCCUGCCGUACUCGCUCGAGUGGGACGGGUGUGUCUGAAUGACGAUGGGGGACAGCGCUCCUUGUUGAACAAGUGGACGACGUUCCUUAAAGCUCGCCUGGUGUGCUCUGUGAUUGGAGAGGAUGGCGUGGAGACUUUCUUUGAUGAGCUGCGUGACGUUUUCCUUUUGCCGACUCAGGAUGAGAAGCAUCCUUUGCUUUAUGGGGUCUUCUCCACCCUGGGGUCGGUGUUCCGUGGCUCGGCAGUCUGCGUUUACUCCAUGGCUGACAUCCGCACGGUCUUCAAUGGGCCCUUUGCCCACAAGGAAGGACACAACUACCAAUGGGGGCCGUACACAGGACGUGUGCCCUACCCUCGUCCUGGAGCCUGCCCCGGAGGAACUUUCACCCCAGGCCUUCGCUCCACCCGGGAGUUUUCGGAUGAGCUGGUAACCUUUGUGAGGGCCCAUCCCUUGAUGUUCCAUGCAGUCUAUCCCCUCGAGCGCCGUCCCCUCCUGGUGAGGACCAAUGUCCCCUACAGCUUCACCACCUUGGCUGUGGAUCUUGUGGAUGCGGUGGAUGGGCGCUACGAGGUGCUCUUCCUUGGCACAGAUCAAGGCACCGUGCAAAAGGUGAUUGUGUUGCCCAAGGAACAAGGGAUACUGGAAGAACUGACUCUGGAGGAAGUGGAGGUGUUCAGGGAACCAGCUCCAGUGAAGACACUGUGGAUAUCCUCAAAGCGACAACAGCUCUAUGUCUCCUCUGACAUGGGCGUUUCCCAGUUGACUCUCCACCGAUGCCGGGAAUAUGGUGAAGCCUGUGCUGAUUGCUGUCUGGCUCGGGACCCCUACUGCGCAUGGGAUGGGCAACGUUGUGCCCGCUACAGUCACACAGCCAAAAGGAGGAGCCGCCGCCAGGAUAUCAAGCAUGGCGAUCCCCUGAGGCAAUGCCGUGGAUUUAAUGCCAAGGCAGAACAGCAAUUAAGUGAACAGAUCCAAUACGGACUAGAAGGAGGAAGCGUAUUUCUGGAGUGUGAACCCCGGUCUCCCCACGCGACCAUCAAGUGGCUCACGCAAACAGACGAUUCCACCAAACGCAAAGUGUUGCCCCGGGAUCGCAUAUUGCUUCAAACACCUCAAGGUGUGCUUUUAGGACCAGUGAUGCCAUCCGACAGUGGGCUCUACCAAUGCGUGGGCACCGAGAAUCGCUUUCGCCACACGCUGCGGCGGCUUCGUCUGCAUGUCCUUCCGCGGGCUUUGCUGGAGGGGGCCAUCACCUCGGAAGAGGCACCUACCCUGGGUAUUUGUGAGAGCUACUGGCAACAGUUCAACAGAGCCCAGGAUAUCCAGCACAGCCAAGGCGGCCACCAGUCCCAUACUGGGCCCAGUCUGUGGAGUUCUGAACAGCAGUCCAACUGGUACAGAGCUGCUCAGCAGCACUCAUUGAACUGGACCACCAGUAGUCCCCAUCACUCGCAAAGCACCAGCAGCCGCCGUCGCCCCCACAACCACCGCCCCCACCAUCACCACCACCACCACCACCGCUCCAAGCCAUGGGCAGGGCAUCAAACUCCACCUCGAAGCUGAGCUGAAUGGAAGACAGUGGGCAGGGAGGGGCUUUGACCUAAUCUUUGGCGCAAGAGAAUGACAUUCCAGUGGACUCUUUGUAAAGAGCUGAGUGGAUCCAGAGAUGGGGAAAAAACCUCUUUGCUUCCUCCAGAUUGAGGGGACAACACUAUUGCUAACAAAAGUGUGGGGUGCGGUGUGUCCAGGCUAAUUCCAGGGUUUUUAGGACCAGGGCUUACUGGCUCUUUGCUGAAAUGGAAAAGUGGCCAGUGCUAAUUGCAAAGGCUUUGGCAUUCUUUUUUUUUUUAACAGUAUUCAUUCCCAACCUUAUGCCAUUCUCUCACAUCAUAGAAGGAAAACUGUGGGGCUUCCUUCAACAUUAACGCCAUCGUUUUAUUAACCCUAUGCUGCAGAAGCAUGUAGCAGAAAAUAAAAUACCAGUUUAUUUUCUAAACAAAAUGGAAAAGGGCCAUUGUGGAUUUGUGAAAGGAAGAACAUUUCCAUGCACAGUGAGCCCAACGUUACAAGUAGUUUUUUAAGACCCAGCCUCGUCAGAAUCAAGCCCUGAUUGCCACGAACUGAAAUGGGGCAAUGUUAACAAUGGGUUUAGUGGUUUAUCCCGAGUACCGCCUAUGCCACAGGUAUUAAACGGAACCCUUGCUUCAAUGGAAGUACUCACACCGUUCCUCUCUUAUGUCCAGCCUAUAACUGAAUCAUACAGAAUAUCUGGGCUUGGUGACACAGUGGGCACAAAUGCCAGUAUAUAUAUAUACUAUAUAUAUACACCAACUGCUUUUCAGUCAAAAGAAAGCAGGAAGCGUUUACCCAUUACAGAUGCUAGUUCAGUAUUAAUAACAGUUGCAACUUCUUUGGAGGAAGUAUCUUUUGAUGGCAGAAACACAUGAUCUCUAUUACCUCCACCUUCUGAUGAUUUUAACAGAAAUGGUUAAGACCCUUGCAGAUUAUGAGCUCUUCCAGAACAAGAACCAACAGAUUCUGUGUCAGAUCAAACCAAGUUUCAUCUACGGUUGAUCCAUACUCUGCGCGUCAUCAACCCCCAAUUGUAAUACACGUUUAAAUUUCAUUUACUUUGCACUGUUGAUAGGUCUUACCAGCUUUAUUCCCGAAGAAGGUAAUAUUUUUAAAAAGCCACUGGACAUGGGGAGUGAGGGGAGACAGGGGGGUUAUCACUACAGCUCAUGGAAUGAAUCCCAGAGUAUGUGAUGAUGGGAAGCUCUUUCGAAGCUCUUUUCCAGGCUGGUUGGGAUUGCAUAAUCUAAACCCAGGUGUCAACUUGGCUAUUCCCUAUUUAUUUCUGCUAUGCCUCAUUUCUUAAAUUUAACAGAGUAUUUUGGUGUCAUUACUUGCAUUUUUUUCCGAGAUAAAUAUUGAGGCAUGGGAAGAUAUACCCUCUCAUUCAACGUAAGCUUUGGUAUGAGGUUUUUGUGAAAAGCAUCUGAAAAUUUCAAGUACACAAUGAUCUUUCGAUGAUCACUAAUUUCACAUUUGAGACACAGAAUUCUAAGAUUUUUCUCUGACAGAAUCCAUGCUAGUUCUUCUUAGGGUUGCCCAAGGUGUAUUCAACUACCUUUAGUAUAAUAAUGCUUUCUACAAAUAUACAGAAAAUGCCACUUUUUAUAAGUCAUACAUUUUAGCUCAAACCUUUAUAUUAAAAUUAAGAAAUCGUGGUUAAAUAAUAUGUAGCCCAGCUGAUAUUAACAGAUUCUCCUUUAAUUAUCAUGAGCCCUCUGAUUACCUCUGCUUAGCAUAUUUUUAAAGGUGCAUUCUCCAAAAUGAUUCUUAAAUUCAUCUGGAAUGAAAACUGACAGACUUCAUGUUCUACUCACUUGCCUUAUCAUAUUUCUACUUUUUUGUCUUCACCUACUGGUCCUACUCCUUCUCUGGAUGGUUUUUUUGUUUGUUUCUGAAAUAUUUCAGGCAAUUUUAUUACUUUUCAUUGGUCUGAAAGAUUUGUUCCUAAUAGCUUUUUGUCACUGGCAAUAUAUUAUUUUUGCAAAAAAUUGCAAUUCUCUAAUUAUGUGUAUCUAACAAUAGGAGAAACAAAAUAGAAUUAUCUACAACAACUAUCAGUAAUGUGAAAGGGCGAUUUCACACUACACCUCACUGAGAACCAUGAUACAAAAAUUCAGGUUUGAAACAAGGAAACAAGAUACUCAGGGCUUCUCAUUACUCUAUGGUCAUGCUCCUACA